CCGCACAUGCGUACUAGCAGCAGCUGUUAGCAGAGAGCCGCGGCCGCACGAGGAGGCAGAGCAGCGAGAUAAAGUGGAAUAACAACAGAAUAAAGAGAAGAAAAGAGAGAAUAAAGGAGAGGUUGGAGAGAGAAGAGCGAGCCGGAGGAGGGAUGAACCAGCUGGAGCGUCCAAAAGACGAGGAGGACCAGGAGGAGACAGACUGUCACCAUGACAACAGUGAUGGGACCAACAAUAACAACAACAACAACAGACGCAAGACGGUGUGUCCCGGUGCAGGAGAGCACCCGCUGCAGUAUAACUACACCUUCUGGUACAGCAGGAGAACUCCCAGCCGGCCGGCCAGCUCUCAGAGCUACGAACAGAACAUCAGACAGAUAGGCAGCGUGGCAUCGGUGGAGCAGUUCUGGAGGUUCUACAGUCACCUGGUGCGUCCCGGUGACCUGAGUGGACACAGUGACUUCCACCUGUUCAAAGAGGGAAUCAAACCCAUGUGGGAGGACGAGUCUAACCGCAGCGGGGGGAAGUGGAUCAUCCGACUGCGUAAGGGCUUAGCCAGUCGGUUCUGGGAGAACAUCAUCCUGGCCAUGCUGGGGGAGCAGUUCAUGGUGGGGGAGGAGAUCUGUGGAGCCGUUGUCUCCAUACGCUUCCAGGAGGACAUCCUGUCCAUCUGGAACAGGACGUCCAACGACCAGACGACGACAUCCAGAAUCAGAGACACGCUGAGACGAGUCCUGAACCUCCCGACCAACUCCAUCAUGGAGUACAAGACCCACACAGACAGCCUCAGGGACAACUCGAGCUUCAGAAACACAAAGAUUUCCCUCUGAAGACCUCCUGACCAAUCAGGACGCAGAUCACCAUCCUGCUCUGCUCUGUGUGUGUGUGUGUGUGUGUGUGUGUGUGUGUGUGUGUGUUGACUGGACCAGUAAACUAACUGAACUGAAGUAGAUUGAUUGAUUGAUUGAUUGAUUGAUUGAUGAUCAGCAGCUGAAUAAUAAUGUCACUGACUCCAGACUGUAGAACAGGAGAGA